AUGACGGCCACAGUGCUGGCAUUUCUUGCUGCAGGGCUGUUGUCCCUGCUCUGCAUCCAUGUGCAUGCAAGGAAGGAUAGUAAGCAGAUCAAGCUGCCCCUGAUCGGUGACCUCCAUCGCUCGCCCAUUGAGAAACCGCUAGUGAACUGGGAUUCCUGGGCUCGAGAAAAUGGCCCGAUUGCGGUACCUAGACUGUUUGGCCUCAUUCCAAUUGUGGUGCUCAACUCGUAUGAGGCCGUGACCGAGUUGUUCAGCCGUCGCAGCCAGUGGUAUAGCAACCGGCCGCCCUCGGUCAGCAUGGAAAUGAUUACAGGCGCUGGGCCGGGGCAAUGUCGCUUCACGCUGAUGCACGACUAUGACGAGCACCUCAAGCUACACCACCGUAUUCUAUCCCCCAGUCUUGGGGCCCCUGCCGCACCUAGGUAUCAGCCGGUGAUGGAGCUCGAGUCUAAUCAACUUCUGUUGGACUUGGUGAACCUGUUGCGCAAGAGCGCAGAUGGGACUACGGACACCACCAGCACUGACGCAGUCUACCCGCUGCUGGAGCGCACCCAGUCCAGCGUCAUCUUGGCACUGCACUACGGCAUGCGGAUCCCCAAUGGCAAGGAAAAGGUGCUGCACGAGAUCAUCGAGAUUCAAACCCAGAUUACCCACCUCGCCGCCAAUCCGCGCUUGCCCGAUCUCAUGCCAGCACUACGCCACCUCCCCGCCAUCCUCUCACCAUGGAAACGUGUCGCCGAUCGGCUCUUCGCAGCACAGACCGACCUGAAUAUGCGCCUGUUCCGCCACGGACGGGAUGCCGCUGGUUGGAACGCCACCAAGCAGGCCAUCUCCGCCGCCAAGAAGUAUACCUCUUCUGCUAGCCCCCCGAUCCCCGAUCUGGAUCUCGCCUUCACCUUGGCCACCUCGAUUCAGGGCGGUAUGGAGACCUCCCCGCGUCAGCUGCUCUGGCUCUUUAUCGCAGCGCUGCACUCGCCGUCCUUUGUAGCACGCGCGCACACCCUCUUCGAUGAGGUUGUCGGCCGUGACCGUCUCCCGCGCUUCGCCGACCGCGCCCAACUCGCCUUUAUUGAUGCCAUUGCCCAUGAGCUAUUCCGCUGGCGGCCCAUUGCCCCCGGGUCCAUCCCGCGCCGCGCGGACCGCGACGACGAGUUCCAGGGGGUCCGCAUCGCGAAGGGUGUCACUCUGAUGGCGAAUGCGUGGGCCAUCGGCCGCGACGACAAGGUGUUUGACCCGGCGCUGGGCGAUUUGCAAGAUUUCGUGCCGGAUCGCUGGCUCCGGCAGACUGAUGCGGACAACGAAGGAGUACAACUGCGGACAGAUCUGCCGCUGCCGGUCUUCGGACAGGGUCGCCGGAUCUGCCAGGGUCGGCGAGUGGCUAUUGACGGCACCUUCAUGCAGGUGGCUAGUCUGCUCUGGGCAUUCGACAUCGAGCCUGUCGACGGCACAGAGGCGGUGGAUCCGUGGGCCAUGAUGGUUGUGGGCUUCAUGACAACGCCCCCCGAUGUCCCAUUCAAGCUGAAGCCUCGCGGUGACUGGGUGCUGAAGGUGAUUCAGAGAGAGUGGAAGACGGUGGAAAAGGAUCUGGAUAAGGUAAUGGGGGCAGCCAUCGAUUUGGAGAAGUGA